ACAAGCACUGUGCUGGUUUCUUCGCUGUGAUGCUGAGCUGCUUGCUGGAUCUCAACACACCGUCCUGCGCUCUCCGGGUGAGGUGAGGGGAGUCUAGCCGAGCCGGAGAGAGACAGAGAGGGACUCCCCUGCGCCAGGCGCAGACGCGCUCUCCAAGAAAUGGCUCUCCGGCUGCUCCGGGAGCCGCAGGUGUCUCUCCUGCUGCUGUCACUGCUCCGUUUCUGGCUCUUCAUGUCCGCAGGAGCUCUGGAGGUGGUUGAAGACGCACCUGAACUCAGCUGCAGCCAGGGUCUGACCGGCUGCCACAUGAGCAAAGUCUCUCCGUUUCCUGUUGAUGAUCCCGAUGACACAGUAGACGUUACACAUUUGCAGCUUAAAGCCGUUCUGUGCUGCUCGGCCACACAAGACUGUGAACCAUGCCUGCAAACUAUCAUCACAGUCCAAGGUAGGAAUAUUACACAAGAGGUUUAUGAGUCUGGGGACAAUAGUGAUGAAGACGACAUAUUUGGCAUGACUGAAAUGGCAGCAGGAAGUGGGCAGCCUGAGCUAAGAGCUUCAAUAACGGUGUGUCGCAGCUCUCCAGGCUCCAGCGAGAUCUGCAAGACACUUGAGUUUAAACUGAACUCCUCCGGUUUAGACAAAACCACUUCUCAACAGCCCACACAUCAGCUGCUGUUGACAGAGAAAGUGCCGUUGGGCAGUGAGAUUGUGGUCCACAUCCCCCAACAUUCAAAGGGAACACACCACAUUCAAAAUAUCACAAUUCCAUCUUUAACAGAAGUUUGCUCCGUGAAGCCGGAACGCACUAUCAGGAAAUGUGAUGCUCCUAGACUCCGAGCUGUGACCGAUCCUGAGAGGAACGUGGUCGUCUUAAAACUGGAAGACGCUGAUGCCAGACAAGACGAACUCAUGUGUCAGAUGUUUUGGAAUGAAAUGCAUCGAGAAGUUCUUGCAUGGCCAAAAGGAGAGACAGAAAUAGUCAUUUCGUCAAACUGUAUCGCACCAUGCCUGUGCUUCCAGGUACGGUGGAAGGAAAAGGAGCUUAACAAUAAAUACUGCCCUUUCGAAAACCAACAAGAUGCACUCGAACGAAUGCAGCACAAUGUUUCUAUUGCUGUGGAGGAGUCUCGGAGGAGGGACGGUGGCCCAGGCCUGAGCUGGAACGUGACUGCCCCCUGCAGGCUGGAGGCAGAGGUGAGGCUUUGCAAGAAAGACCCGACAGGAGACCACUGUGAGGAAGUGACGGGCUCCAGACAGAGGCUGCACAAACCAGACUGGAGGGCAACAAACAGGGGACACUGGAAAGCAGGAGAGUUCAAUGUUUCGUCACAUCCUCUGCUUUGUGUUCAGAUAAAGAUAGAUGGGAUGGACUCAUACUUGAAGCCCUAUUGUCCAUUUUCAACAUCUCGAUGGAGAUGGAGCCUGCCGCUCCUGAUUGGGCUGCUGCUGGUGUGUUUGUCCAUACUCGGAGCCUAUUUCAUUCAAGGGGUCCUUAAAGGCUACAUGUGGAGAUGGUUGAAGGAAGAUGAUGUUAAAGGUGCUGUUGGUGGUGGUCAUGUGGUGUUGCUGUACCCACCUGAUGAUGACCAAGCUUUGCCGGAGCUGAUGAGCCACCUGGGCUCGUCCCUCCAAGCCCUGGGCUUCAGCGUUUCUCUGGACCUGUGGAGCCGGACCGAGCUCAGCGUACUGGGGCCCGUGCCCUGGCUCCACUCAAGACUAAACCGACUGCAAAAGCAGGGGGGCAAAGUGGUGUUGGUUCUAACCCAGGCCGCCUGGAUUAGGGCUGAGGAGUGGGGAGCUCGGAGCUGGGAGAGAAACACUCCCAGGGAGGAAGAGGAGGCGGGGAGAGGCUGCACUGCUUCUGCUCCCUGUGUCGAUGUUUUUACUGCUUCACUGAGCUGUAUCCUAGCAGACUAUUUACAGGGCCGCGCUGGUGAGCGCUUUAUGUUGGUGCAGUUUGAAUCGCUUCCACCUGAGCCUCCGGGUGGUUUUCGGCCGCUGCCAGAACUUUUCCGCGGCCUUCACCUCUACAGCCUCCCGUCCCAGAGCCUGGGGUUUCUGACGGAGCUGGCAGGAGCUCGGCAAAUGGCUACAGCAUCAGCCAGACGGAAACGAGCAGGGGGGCUUAGGAUGGCGUCCAGAGCUCUGGCACGACGGCUCUCAGGGUUCACAGCGGGGACGACUGUGUUACGCCUUGCAGGAGUGUCCCAGACUUGUGUUGGGGUAGGAGCUGAAGACUCUGGGGAGACAGUGCCCUUACAGCCCUGUCUCAUUACGCCUCCCUCAAGCCCUGACUCAAGCCCCAAGGUCAAUGAGAUGGAAUGGGUCUGACAGCAGGAGAGGGUGACACCACGUUCAGUAUAGCCAGUAUUGAGAUAAAGUGAUGGGAGAUGUUCAGAUAGAUCAAUAGCCGUUGGCAGCUUUUGUAUUUGCUGACACAAGCGUUUAGUGUGCAGCAUAAACAGUAGUUAUUUUUAAAAUAAAAGCUUGGUUGAUACAGCUUGAGCUCUUGCUGCUCAUGAGAGAUAAACACGGACAUUGAAACCUCACACUACUUCUAAACAGGGUACAAAAUUAGCGCCAUCCACUGGCCUAAUGCUGGUAAAACAUACGGUAACGCUUUAUAAUAAGGUCCUUAAUAACCAUUAAUUAACAAGUAAUAAGGCAUUGUUCUCGCUUGAGAUCCUGUAGUUGCAAAAAGCAUAGUUAACUUAUAAUAGAUGAGCAAUAAAGUAUAUUUUAAUAUCAAUAAGCAAACAAAAUAAGAUUAAUAAAGGCAUGGCAAAGACAUAAUGGGUGGGUCAUGGGUGUUUGUAAUGCCAUUAUUAACACUUAUAUAAGCUUAUAAACACACAAUAAUGUUAAUAAGCAUCUUGUAAGGACUUACAAGGGCCUUAUUACUUGUUAAUUAAUGGUUAUUACAAGGACCUUAAUAUAAAGCGUUACCAAACAUAUAAGUGGCUGGUAGAUUUGGUGGUAAAAAGGUAAGUGAUUGAAGGGCUCGUAAAAUAUAACCAUUCACUUGCCAUUUAACUGGUGGACAAAAAGGUUGAUUGUAUACUAAGCUUCUUAAAGUGAAUUCAAGCAAAAACACAUUAACUGAUACGCCGUUUGAUGACAGUGGUUAAUGAAGAAAACUACUGGAUUGUUUUAGUCUUGACAUCGUUUUUCAGCCUCAAACCAAGCCACUGUGUGUUUGACAUAUUUAGCCUACUGGUAUGACAUUUUGCAUUCAUGUGCAUUGCAUAUAAAAGUCCUGGCAUUUAUGUUUUUUCACAUGAAUAAGCUAUUUCCUUUCUUGUUGUACAUGAGUAUACUGAGUUGAUUUUUCCAGGCAGGGUGAGUCCGUUUUAUACUGUGUGUUUGUCUUACCGUUUAAAGUGAGAUUCAAUAAAUAAUCUGUGUGAAUCAUGAAGUCAUGUGCUCUUCUGGCUUCAAAAUAUUAUCCAUUCUUAUUCAUUACAAACAUGGCAUGUGUGUUUAUCUAUACACUUGUUUAACAUGCAUACAAAUGAAUGAUCCAUAAAAUCUUUAAUGUGUGGCACUAUACAGUAGCAGGAGGGAGUUGUUGUGGGAACCUUUUGGAACCAACAAUGACAUCUUAGUGUCGUCAGUUCAUGGAUUUUGGUAUGUAAAAAUGAUAUAAAAGUAUUAAAAAUGAUGAUUUUUAACAACAAUCUUAAAUUGUCUAGAAA